UCAAAGAUUUGCCGAUGAGCCACAGAGACUACUAAGAGACUGGCACACCAUGAUUAGGAUCACUCUAGAACUAAGCACAAAGCAGCUACAUCCUUGCUCUCUCUCACUUUUUCUUGGCCUACACUAACACUGUGCCAACUGCCAAAAUGUUACGCGGCUGUGCCUACCACGCAGAACACGUGGACUAUUCGGCUAUAAUAGCACAGCUCAGUCAGUCGGUCCUCCUCGUACCCACACACAAAGCCUGAAACGUAUAGCAAAUCACCUAUCUAUUCGGCUAUUCCACGGCCUCUGAGAAAGACAACUAGCUAGCUAGUCUGGUGCCAUGGCGGGCGGUGGAGAAGGCGGCGGCGCCGGCAGCGACGUUGUCCACGUCGUCAUGUUCCCCUUUCUCGCCUUCGGCCACAUAAGCCCGUUCGUGCAGCUGGCGCGCAGGCUGGUCUCCGACGAGGCCGCCGGGGUCCGCGUCACGUUCCUCACGGCCGCCGGGAUCGCGCCGCGCGUCGAGGCCAUGCUGGAGUCCGCCGCCGGCGCGGUGAGGGUCCUGCCCCUGAACCUGCCCGAGGUCCCCGGCCUGCCCGCGGGGGCCGCGAGCACCGCGGACGUCUCCGGCGACGGCGCCGAGCUGCUGAAGCUCGCCCUCGACGGCACCCGGCCCGAGGUGCGCGCGCUGCUCGCCGAGCUCCGCCCGGACGCCGUGCUGGUCGAGUUCGCCACCUCCUGGGUCUGCGACGUCGCCGCUCCUCUCGGCGCCAAGGUGCUCUACUUCAGCGUCUUCUCCGCCGUCUCCUUCGCCUACUUCACCGUCCCCGCCCGCCUCGCCGGCGGGCAGCCGCCGGCCGCCCUGACCGCCCGCGACCUCAUGGUGGCGCCUGCCGGGUACCCUGCGGCCUCGCCGCUCACCUCCGCGCCGCCCCAGCUGCAGGGACCGGCCCUGGUGUACCCGUACACCAGCUUCCACGGCAUGCCGUGCGUGUACGACCGCGUAGUCGCCGGCGUCGAGGGCAGCGCCGGCAUCGUCAUGAAAACCUGCCGGGAGAUGGAGGGCCCCUACAUCGAUUACAUCUCCUCCCAGUUCGGCAAGCCCGUGCUCCUCGCCGGGCCCGUCGUGCCGGAGCCGCCGCAGGGCGAGCUCGAGGAGCGGUGGGCCAGCUGGCUCUCCUCCUUCCCGGACGACGCCGUCGUGUUCGCGUCGUUCGGGAGCGAGACGUUCCUGCCCGUCGCCGCCGCGACGGAGCUCCUCCUCGGGCUGGAGGCCACCGGCCGGCCGUUCCUCGCCGUGCUCAACUUCCCCAAGGGCCCGGACGCGGCGGCGGAGCUCGAGGCGCGCAUCCCGCCGGGCUUCGAGGAGCGGGUGAGGGGGAGAGGGCUGGUGCGCACGGGCUGGGUGCCGCAGCAGCACAUCCUGCGGCACCGGAGCGUCGGCUGCUUCGUCAACCACGCCGGGUUCAGCUCCGUCGUGGAGGGGCUCGUCGCCGGCUGCCGCCUGGUGCUGCUGCCGAUGAAGGGCGACCAGUACUUCAACGCCGCGCUGUUCGCGCGCGAGCUCGGCGUCGGGGUGGAGGUGGCGCAGCGGGAUGACGGGUGGUUUGGGCGCGGGGACGUGGCAGACGCUGUCGCCGCUGCGGUGGCGGCGGGAGGUGACGGAGAUGCGAAGUGGAGGGACUUCUUUACUAACGAGGCCGUGCAAAAUAAGUUCCAGGUUGACUUCAUCAGGGAGCUGAAGAAGGUCGUGAGGGCGUAAGUGCAGAUGAUACCAGUGGCAGAUCUAAGAAUUUAAGGAUUUUAUUAUUUCUCUUCUUCUUCAUCCAUACUCUUAAUUCUUUUUUGGGAGACUUUGGGAGGCUCCAUGGGAUGUAUGAGACUAUGGGUAGAGGGGCUCCAGCCUCCAGAGCCUGCCCCCACGCUCCCCACGCUCCUCGCUCACGCUGGAUCCGCCUCUAAAUGAUGUGUGUAUUAAUUCACAAAAUAAACAAAUUUUAUAAGAUGGAAAAGAUCUACGAUGGUGGAGCGUAGACGUGCAAGAAGCACAAAACAAAUUGCGGUGGUGGGAGCAGGUAUAUAUGAUCAUCUUCAAUGGUAGAUUGUAAUCACAAACGUUGCAUUAUAUCUUCAAUGGUU